CAUGUCCCUCCGACCACUCUUACGACAGACACAGCUCAGGAGCGUGGGCGUGAGGAGUAUCCAGAGCUCGGCGCCGAGGAGGGGGGCGCAUGGCGGGCAUGGGGCCGAGGAGGACCAGAGUGAUACUUAUACCAAAGAAUCAUUCCUGAACCCCAAGUGGCGCAACGCCUUCCUCCUCUUCACCACCGCCGCCCUCAUUUUCCCCUACCUCCCCGCCCCCGCCAAAUCCAACCUCUCCCCCUCCCUCUCGCCGGACGCGUUCCAAGAGGCCAGGCGGGAUGUGGAGGGCGAGCUGCCAUGGUUGACGAGGUGGUUUGUGAGGGAGACGGAGAAGGCGGAGGUGUGGAGGGAGAGGGCGGAUAGGCAUUUGGAGUUGACGAAGGAGGAGGCGGAUAGGAGGUUGUUGUUCCAGGAGGCGGAGAGGCCGAAGGUGUUGAGGAUGAGGUAUCCUAGCCGAUUCGAACAAGCCUCCCCGUUCAACAUUCCCGUCGGAUCCCAAGUCGACCUUUCAGACCUCAAAGUCCGACCUGCUGAAUAGACCUCUCUCCUUCCCCUCCCCUGACUCUCUCCCUCUCUCCAUCCAGCCGAUUGUCGUCUUUCCGCCCCCACCUUAUCCCUCCGAGCCCGCCUUUCCACAAUUUGUAUAACAAAUACUAUUCGCUAUCCGGGGAGGGACGACUGUCGGUAUGCGGGGGGAGGGGGUGGAUAGAAGAGAGCGUAGAUGGGGCAUGUAACGAAGGCUAU